UGUUUUCGCGCGAUUUUGGUGGCGGCGGAAGGACAAUGUCGUGCCGCGGUUAUACAAACCCAGCGACCCCAACGACCACACCUACUCUGUCUGACGGUAGCGGAGGAGGAAAAGAAGAAAACGGAGAUACACACAAUGCUUCCCUGUUCUAACUUUAAUUUUACACGAAGAAAGUUAGAGUAAAAGAGAAAUCUGUAGUUUCUUUUUUCUCGCCGUGGACUUAAUUGGAUAUUUUCGACGUAUUUCUACUCUUUUCCUUGUGAAUUCCUUCUCCUUUAAGGACGGUUAAAGAUUCUGCAGUCAAACAUGUUGCAAAGUUUCUCUCAGUCGCAGGACUGGCUUUACUCAGAGCCGCUGCUGUUUGACGAUGAGUUCUGCCAGAGUUUGAUGAAAGACCUCCAGUCGCUGCCAACUCCCCCUCAGUCUCCCCCCAUGAAGGCUGGGCUCUGUGAUGGCAAGCCCCUGUCCAAGGAAGAUCAGCUGAGCUAUGUGUCAGACAUUCUUCUGGAGGACCACGACAUGCAGCUCAACUGGAACUGUGACUUCUUCCACUCCGAUGCUGCAGAAAAGGGGGGUGAGCCCAGUCAACCCUGCUCCCCUCUCGACGAGGGCAGUGAGGACUGCCUGUGGCAGUGCUUGUCAUCCGACAAGGGUCUGGAGGAGAAGCUGGUCUCCACCAUGCUUGGCUCAAGCCCACUGCUGUCGGACAUCGACACCAGCAUCUUUGAGGAGAUUGCAGGCUCCACACUUGACUGCCAGAAUCUGAUUGAUGCUCAGGAGCCAAGCGAGGCCACUUCAGACUAUGGAUCAACUGGUGGCGAGUUGUCAACAUAUUCAUCCAGUGACUCUGAAGAGGAAAUUGAUGUGGUGACGGUUGUGCGCUGUCCCUCCAGCCCCUCCUCUCUGCCCUCACGGGCUGACAUGACUGUCCACCAGCAGAAGCAAGAAGAAGAGCAGCGAGCUCUCCAACGUCACCACUUUGAGAUCCAGCUGCAGCACAACUACGCGGCUCCCUGCCCUUCCUCACCACCACCUUCAUCCAACAAGCGCUCAAGAGGGAGUGACAGCGCAUUGCGCUUCCACCACUCUUCCCGCAGCUCAUCGUCUUCUUCUUAUUCUUCUUCGUCGUCACGGUACCACCACUCAUCAAGAAACUCAACAGAGACUGAGGAUGAAGAGGAGCGGCGACGGACGCACAACGUGAUGGAGCGUCAGCGUCGCAAUGAACUGAAGAACUGUUUCAUGCGCUUGCGUGACAAUGUGCCUGAGCUGUCACACAAUGACAAGGCAUCCAAGGUAGUUAUCCUGAAGAAGGCCAGGGACUGCAUCUACGGCCUGGAGGGUGAGGGCCACAGACUGCAAGCCAAGAGAGACAAACUUAAAGCCAAACAUGAAGAGCUGAAAGCCAGGCUCGUUGCGCUCCACAGCUAAUGGAGCUUAGGUGUUAGAGACAUUGUGGGGGAGUGAGGGUGGACAAGGGAAAAGACUUUUUUACAAAGAUAGGGGGAUGUGUGGGGUUAAAGGAUGGCGCAUGAUGCUGUAAAGAGCACACAAAAUUUGACAUUUCAAAGACUUCAUGGUAACUGUGUUUACACACACACACACACACACACACACACAUGUUUGUUUUUCUAUACCGGUGGGGACUUACCAUUGACUCCCAUUCAUAUCUAACUCCUAACCCUUACCCUAAUCCUAACCUUAACCAUCACCAAAUCAAUGCCUAACCCUAAACAAACGUUUUUGCACUUUUACAUUUUUUAUUAACAACAAUAUGGCCAAGAAAACGGUGUUGCCACCCGUGGGGACCUCAUUUUAGGUCCCCACCGUAAGACAAGUCCCCACCUUUAUAGCAAAUAGCCAGGUCAAAGUCCCCACCGGUAUAGCAGAAACAAGUAUACACACACACACACACACACACACACACACACACACACACACACACACACAGUUUCCCUGGACAUUGAACACAGCACACUCAUUGCCUCAGAAUUGAUCAUUGUCAUGCCUUGACUGCUGACUGUUGUAGAGAGUAGGGUGAUUUUUAAAAGAUAAAAGAAAGAUUGAGUGUGCAGACUUUUUUUGUUGUUUUUGAUUGUUUUGUUUUAGCAGAAUGCACACUGAAAGACAAGGACAAUGUUGUCUGUUGUUUUGUUUUUUUGACUCAUUACAUCUGAGUCUUUACUUUGGGGAUGCCAAAUGGCACAGAUUCAAGUGAAAUUAAGCCAGAAGUUCCUGUUGGGCUGAACAAUGAGAAGCCAGAGUUGUUCAGUGUUCAGCAGUUGAAUGAAACUUGAAUGUUGUUUUCAGGAUGUCUUGUAGCCAUAUUAGCCAGUGAUCCCUCCACUCUGACAGGUGUUUUAUGGUGGCGUUGAAGUUAUUUGGACAACUAUACAUCUGUUAAAUUCCACUUCUAGUGCUGUUUGAUCAGGGUGAAGGUUCUUCAGUGUGCGUUCAGCCUAUCUGACCUCAGGCGGACCCAUGGGCCCAACGCUGCUCUGUUACCAGGGUAGAAUGUAUUAAUGACAAUGUGUUGACCAGGUUUGAUACUAUUGACGUAACAAUGUGCAGCCUCAGUUCAGUUCACUAUCGUGUGUGUGUGUGUGUGUGUGUGUGUGUGUGUGUGUGUGUGUGUGUGUGUGUGUGUGUGUGUGUGUGUGUGUGUGUGUGUGUGUGUGUGUGUGUGUGUGUGUGUGUGUGUGUGUGUGUGUGUGUGUUUUCUUGAGUUGAUCUCUGUAAAGACUUGUUUGAGUUCAGAGGCAGCCAUAUUAAACAGCAUUCAGGUUUUAUGGAGAGUGAACUGAACUGUAAGCUGUGCUACUGUAGCAAAGCAGCCAAAGUUGGCACAGAAAACCUCUUCACAGAAUUGUAUUCUUGCAUGUUGUGGCAUAUUAUUUAAAGGUUCUGGUUGGAGGAUGCUGAAACGGCAGCAAUACUGUGACAAUUAGUUUUGUUACUUAUGGAAUAGUCAUUUUGCUAUGUGUCAGUGAAUAAAUAUCAUUGUGAUUCAUUAGUCAGUGGCCAUUGUUGUACACCUGCUAAAAGUAACUGGUGUAAAGUUUUGUCAGAAGAAGACAUCUUUUUUUUUGAUGAGAUCCUUGAGUAUCUUGUAUUUCAGCUGCAAUUCUAUCUCACUUUGUUCACAGAUAUGACAAUUUUUUUUUUUCCACGAAACUGCUUUUUACAUUUACAAGAGCCCCUGACUUUUACCAACAUUCCUGUGUUGCAAAAGAUGAAUUACUUUCACUGGUAUUGUUUUCUGCCCAGUUGAACUCACAUGGAGACAAAGUAGCCGCUGAAGAGAGCUGUAACACCAAGUAAUGUUUUAAGACUGUACAAAGUAACAUUUAUGGCUGUAUGUGCUCAUCAGGAGCCUGGAUUGGUUUAAUAUCAGGCAUUUUUGUAGAAUGUGUACUUGCCACUGUUAUCUCUUAUGCUGUUUGUAAUGAAUUUGGCAAAUGGAAAAUUAUUGGCACAUGGUUGUCAAAUGUCUUAAUGCAUCUUGUUUUUUAUUAAGAGUUCUUCCUCCUUGAGUCUAAGAAGACUUAACAGAAACUGAUUUGUAGGAAUGAGAAUAGAGGAUUUUGGUAUUUGAAGAACCUGCUUUGCCUUGAAAUGCAUUUUGUUCAGUACUCCUUGUCUCUUUUGUUUGAUAAUGUUGCUGUCUCGUGAAAAUGUCUUCUUUCAACAACAGGUAGUUUAUCAGGGAAGCUUAAAAUCCUUUUUCUCCUCAUCUUUGUUUAAAUUUUCAUUUUGUCGUGGUUUAGUCAGAUAACUGCCUUCUGAGGAUGCAGUGAGGUUUUAACAAAACAGCAGGGAUGAUUACUUUCUUUUAUUUUUGUAAACUUAGCAAACCUACCUCUACCUGGCUACAGUCGGGGUUGUAAUAUUUUGUUUUUUUUCCUGUGUUUUAAACAUUGUACAGUUUAUUUUUUUAAAUGUAAAUACUUUUCUUAUUGUAUCAUAAAUUAUUUUAGUCUUUUAUUCUUUUUUCAUUUGAAUUUGUGGAAUUUAAAAGAAAGCACUUUUAUAGUAUGUAAUUAAAAGUGAAAAUGAGA